AUGGUUGUAGUACUAGCAUCUGGCAAGUGGAAUGUGCCUUUGGUGCGGUCUAGUUUUCUGAACAUUGAAGUUCAUGUCGUGGAAUAUCAUGCUGAAUGCAAGUCGGAUCGUGCUGGGGCUUUGGCGUUGCGGGAAGCGAUUCUCUUGGCUCAGAGAUUAAAUGUUCCGAAUGUGGUUGUCAUGGGGAAUUCUUUCUUGAUUGUUCAAGAUGCAUUUUGUUUGAUCGAUGCCCCUUCGAGUUGUUCGCAAAUUAUAGAUGAUAUAUAUUCUCUUAGAACCAUAGUUCUAUCGGACCAAACUGGCCUUGUCGACCAAGAACCGGUCCCCUUACUGGCUCGACUUUACGCUGCAGUUGUUCUUAUAGCUACCGAGCUUACAAGCUCAGCUUUACGCUAUAUUCAAAUUUCCACAAAAACCAAGAGAGUGCAAGGAAAUGAUAAUGGGCAUGCACAUGAUAUGUAG